GUUGAUUUAAAACUCGUAAUAAAGUUGUAUUCAAUCUGAGCUGUCAGUGGUUAGUUAGUUAGCAUGCUAGUUAGUUAGCUGUUCACUCGCUGUUGUAACUACACGUUCAGUGCGUUAUAACAGAAGAGAUCAAGUGAUAGAGACACAUUAACAUGUCCACCGGGUCUGAGGCGAGAGACACAAUGAUGUGUUUGAUCAAUCUGAAGUCAAACUGAUCCAGAGUCAGUUCACUUCACAUAACGUAGAAAAGGACAAUUUGAGUUAUACAGGGACACGUGAAAGAAAUGAGUUAAUAAUGAUCUGAGUCACGUGACGAGUGCUGACAGCUGAGCUGCUGCUGAGGGAAGCAGGAUGGGGGACGUGGCAGAAGACGAGACGAGCUUCUACUCCAACGCUGAGGGCUACUGGAGGGACGUGUCCCCCACAGUGGACGGCAUGCUGGGAGGCUACGGCUGCAUCUCCAACAUCGACAUCAACGGCUCCAAGUUGUUCCUGCACAAGUUCCUCGGGGACGGGGACGGGGGGACGGGGACGGGGACGGGGACGGGGACGGGGACGGGCUGCGCUCUGGACUGCGGCGCCGGCAUCGGGAGGAUCAGCAAGCGCCUGCUGCUGCCGCUGUUCCGCACCGUGGACCUGGUGGACGUGACGCAGGAGUUCCUGGACAAAGCCAAGACGUACCUGGAGGAGGACAGCAAGAGGGUGGGACACUACUUCUGCAGCGGCCUGCAGGACUUCGUCCCCGAGCGAGGACGCUACGACGUCAUCUGGAUCCAGUGGGUCAUCGGUCACCUGACGGACGCCCACCUGGUGGAGUUCCUGCGCCGCUGCCAGGAGGCGCUGCGGCCCAACGGCCUGAUCCUCAUCAAGGACAACAUGUCCCACGAGGGCGUGGUCCCCGACGAGGUGGACAGCAGCGUGUGCCGUGAGCUGCCGAUAGUCCGCGACCUGGUGAGCAGGGCGGGGCUCCGCAUCGUCCACGAGGAGCAACAGCUGGACUUCCCCAAGGAGAUCUUCCAGGUCCACACGCUGGCCCUCAGAUAGAGGCCGGGGGGGCGGCGGCCUCUCAGUGUUCAUGUGGACACGGCGUUUCUCGAGGCAGCGAUCUAUUUAUGAUGUUUCUGAAAGUGUUGUGCAGUGUGAUGAGUUUGUGGAGCGUGUGCGUUGCUUCAAGCCGAGCCUCCGUCCAGCUUCCUGUUGUAGUCCCUCAGGUCAGAGGUCAGCUCGGCCAAUCGGAACUGAUGCUCUGUGUGAACCAGUCAAUCUUUAGUGUGUGACAUCACAUCCUGUCCUGGAGCAGGAAGACUCACGAGUCACCUGACGUUCUUCUCCCCCCCCCCCCCCCCCCGACACACCUCACUCCUCUGAGGUUGGACCCUCGAGAGGAGGUUCCACAGGAGACAGAACAUCUGGAAUCGACCUCGGAGGGUCGAACAUGAACAAAAGGAUUCACCUCAGGAACCAGAGAUCUGGAGACAUGACACGUUUCUGAGUCUUUUGAUACCUGACGUCCUCUUUAUUAAUAAAACUUUAUUAAUGCAUUGGCA